AUGUCCGAGACGGCAACUCCCGAGGUUCUCUGGGCCCAGCGCUCCUCCGUAUCCGAUGCCUCCAAGAACUUCGUCUACCUGACCAUCUCGGUCCCCGACGUCCCCAAGGAGGGCCUCCAGCUUGACCUCAAGCCCACCAGCCUCACCUUCACCGGCACCUCGACCACGCUCAAGCGCAAGUACCACGUCGAGCUCGAGUUCUACGCCGAGAUCGACCCCGAGGAGAGCAAGAUCAACCACACCUCCAAGAACAUCGAGAUGAAGCUGCACAAGAAGGAGCUCAAGGAGGAGUACUGGCCUCGGCUUCUCAAGGACAACAAGAAGCUCCACUUCCUCAAGACCGACUUCGACAAGUGGGUUGACGAGGACGAGCAGAACGAGGCUCCCGAGGAGGACUUUUCGCAGUUUGGCGGCAUGGGCGGCAUGCCCGGCAUGGGCGGCGGCGGUGACUUUGGCGGUAUCGACUUCUCUAAGCUCGGAGGCGGUGCCGGCAUGCCCGACCUCGGCGAUCUGGCCGGCGGUGCUGGCGAGGGCGACGACGAGGACAGCGGCGACGAUGACGACGAUGACAUGCCCGCGCUUGAGGGUGACGUCAAGGAGGAGGGCGCGAAGAAGGACUAG